AGAACAGUUGCGAUUGACUCCGUAAACUAUUCACGGCUCCGCUCGAAUGCGUGGGUACUGAGAAAAUACCAGCGUGCGAAUAGAAUUUCGCGAAUCCCCAUGCACUAAACCGCGCGAUUUUCAUUCCCCAGCAUAUAUAAAGCCGUUUCAAUAAAAACAACUGCAACAACUCUCUCCGAAAAUCUAGAGAGAGAGAGAGAGAGAGAGAGAGUUGAUGGAGUUGUUGAGGGGAUAUCCACUACUGGCACAGCAAUUCAGAGCUCUGUUCAGGAAAAACCUCAUCCUCGCAUGGCGGAACAAGCGGUCCACGUUCCUCCAGCUGUUCUCCUCUCUCUUCUUCAUCUUCGGACUCUUCUGCAUCCAGAAGUCCCUCAAGGUCCAGUUCGCCACCACCACCACCUACGACGACGUCCCCGAUCCGAAGCCCCUCGUGUCGCCGCCGAUCCCGCCGUGCGAGGACAAGUUCUACGUGAAGCUCCCCUGCUUCGACUUCGUCUGGAGCGGCAAUGACAGCUCCAGGAUCGCGUCGAUCGUGAGUUCGAUUAUGGCUAAUAAUCCUGGCCGGCCUAUUCCUUCGGACAAGGUUAUGGCAUUUAGAACUAAACGUGAAGUGGAUGACUGGCUUCUCAGCAAUCCUAUGACUUGCCCUGGAGCUCUCCAUUUUACUGAGAGAAAUGCUGCGGUGAUAACUUAUGGUAUACAGACUAAUUCUACAAGUGUUGAAAAAAGAGGGCAAUAUGAAGAUCCCACAUUCAAAUUCCAAAUUCCUCUACAACUUGCAGCAGAGCGUGAAAUUGCAAGGUCUUUGAUUAGAGAUCCAAACUUUAGCUGGGUUGUCAGUCUGAAGGAAUUUGCACACCCUGCAGUGGAAAGUAUCCUUGUUGUCGGUUUGGCAGGACCAACCUUUUUCCUUGCAACUGCCAUGUUUGGCUUUGUCUUUCAAAUUAGUUCGUUGAUCACUGAGAAAGAACUCAAACUUCGCCAGGUAUUGAUUUGUAUUUCAAGUGCAAGUUUCGUGUCCUCGCAAAACAGUUUUCAGUCAUCUCAUGUCACGUUUCCUCAACAGGCAAUGUCUAUGAUGGGUCUUUAUGAUACUGCCUAUUGGUUCUCGUGGCUCAUUUGGGAAGGAAUUCUCGCUGUUCUUUCGUCAACUCUCACAGUUCUCUUCGGGAUGAUGUUUCAAUUUGAUUUUUUCCUGCACAACAGCUUUGGGGUUGUGUUUUUUCUUUUCUUUCUAUUCCAACUUAAUAUGAUCAGCUAUGCCUUCAUGCUUUCAGCCUUUAUUAGCAAGUCAUCGUCAUCGACAGUUGCGGGCUUCUCCAUAUUUAUUAUCGGUUUUCUCACUCAGGCAAGUAACCCACUUUUGGAUUUCGAAGCAAAUGUUACUUACCCAGUCAGCAUGAUGGAUUUUUCUUUUUCUUUGCAGGUUGUUACACAAGUUGGAUUUCCCUACAGUUCUAGCUUCUCUGGUACCUUCCGGUUUGUCUGGUCUCUGUUCCCACCAAACCUUCUCACCGAAGGCCUUAUAUUGCUUUCUGUUGCAACUGCCACUCCCAACGAUCCUGGAGUCAGUUGGAGCCAAAGAGGGAAAUGUGCACCAAACGAUACCCAGUGCGUUAUGACGCUAAAUGAUAUUUAUAUAUGGCUCAUAUCGACAUUCCUUGUGUGGUUUUUUUUGGCAAUCUACUUCGACAAUAUUAUCCCAAACUCUGCUGGUGUAAGAAAAUCAGUGUUCUACUUCUUAAACCCUGGAUAUUGGACAGGGAAAGGUGGAAACAAGGUGGCAGAGGGUGGCAUUUGUAGUUGCACAAGUUCAGGUCCCCCACCAGAAGAUGUUACUCCAGAUGACGAGGACGUAUAUGAAGAGGAAAACACUGUGAAACAAGCAGCAAGUGAAGAUGUAGUCGAUACGAAUAUUGCUGUUCAAAUACGUGGUCUUGUGAAGAUGUAUCCCGGUACAACAAAGAUUGGUUGUUGUAAAUGUACAAAGACCUCGCAUUAUCAUGCUCUUAAGGGCUUAUGGGUUAACUUCCCAAAAGAUCAACUAUUUUGUCUCCUUGGGCCCAAUGGAGCUGGGAAAACUACUGCAAUUAACUGUUUGACUGGAAUUACACCAGUGACGGCUGGAGAUGCAUUAAUAUACGGAGAUUCUGUUCGGAGCUCUAUUGGCAUGACAAAUAUUCGAAGAAUCAUAGGAGUUUGUCCCCAGUUUGAUAUUCUAUGGGAUGGUUUGUCUGCUCAAGAGCACCUCCACCUCUUUGCCAGCAUCAAAGGCCUUCCCCCAGCUUUAAUUGAAUCGGUUGCACAGAAAUCAUUAGCAGAGGUAAGGCUCACUGAGGCAGCCAAAAUUACAUCUGGUAGUUACAGCGGAGGAAUGAAACGCCGACUUAGUGUUGCAAUAGCCCUUAUUGGUGAUCCAAAGCUAGUCAUAUUGGAUGAACCGGUAUGUCAGAAAAUCUUCCUUCUUAUUACGAGUCCACUCCUUAUAAUUUGCUCACCAGAAGUUUCCUUCAAUUCGCAGACAACUGGUAUGGAUCCAAUAACUCGAAGACAUGUUUGGGACAUAAUUGAGAAUGCAAAGAAGGGACGUGCCAUUAUUUUAACUACCCAUUCGAUGGAAGAAGCUGACAUUUUAAGUGACCGCAUAGGAAUCAUGGCAAAGGGUAGGCUUCGCUGUAUUGGAACCUCAAUCAGGUUGAAGUCAAAGUUCGGAACAGGUUUUGUUGCCAAUAUAAGCUUCUCUGGAGCCACAAAUGGAAAUCCUUUAAGAGGGGAUGAUGAGAUUGUCGUGAAUCACAGGCCAGUGAAACAGUUCUUUAAAGAUCAAUUGAAUGUGGUACCUAAAGAGGAAAACAAGUCAUUCCUGACCUACGUUAUUCCCCAUGACAGGGAAGGGCUAUUGACGAACUUUUUCGCGGAGCUCCAAGACAGAGAGAGAGAAUUUGGCAUAGAAGACAUCCAACUCGGUCUUACAACUCUCGAAGAAGUUUUCCUGAAUAUAGCGAAGCAAGCAGAGCUGGAAAGUGCUGCAGCUGAGGAGACCUUAGAAACUCUCACUUUGACUUCAAGAACUUCAGUUCAGAAACCCUUGCUUCCAUUUGCAAUGUCUACGCAGAAGCCCUUGCUUCCGUUUACAAGGUUAAAGCAGAAACCCAUGGGAGUGAGGUACGUAGAGAUUCCAGGAACCGAGUCUGCAGAGAUUCCAGGAACCGAGUCUGCAGAGAACGCUAAAGGUGCUAUGGUGGAAGUAUGCUGGGAGCAAGGUGUUAUGGUGGAAGUAUGCUGGGAGCAACAUGAUUCUGGUGCCCUCAGCUUCUCCAGAUCCGGCUUGUUUUCACCUAACGAAUUCUUCGAUUAACCGCUGCUUCAACUACAAAUAUCAUGGGUCAACCUGAACCGGAUUUAGGAAUCGAUACUGUUCCUAAUCAAAUUGGUAUCGAGAGUUAGAGUUUGCUUUCAGAAUCAAAGAGGUAUAUAUAGGUUUUGAACAGUUUAACCAAGUUGGAUAUCAUUAUGUUGCGGCUAUCUCACACCUGUAGCGUCAAAGGUAUACAGAUUUUGGCUUCUAGAUAGAGUUGUAUAUUGUUUCUUUCUCUUUCUCUUUCUUUUAUUAUCAUCAUUCAGAUGAUAUUUUCCUAUUUUUGCAAUGAAAGGCUGUAUAUAUUCAUAAACAAAAAGAGAGAGAUCGUAGCAUGAAGGAAAUUACAUGUAAGAAGAAAUUGUACCUCUUCAUUAUUUCUGUAUACAACAUAAGUUUCAACCGUCUAAA